GCUCCUUGAGGAUAUUCCAUUUUGUAUAUUUGAAUAUCCUCUGACCAUAUUCAGCAUGAAGUAACAUUCUUAAUGGUUAUUCUCAGCAGGACAGGUGUGAGAGGAUUGCUGUUGUGUUACAAUCAUGGUGCAGAAAUACCAGUCACCAGUGAGGGUGUAUAAACACCCCUUCGAAUUAAUUAUGGCUGCCUACGAAAGGAGGUUUCCUACCUGUCCUUUGAUUCCAAUGUUUGUGGACAGUGACACUGUGAAUGAGUUCAAGAGUGAAGACGGGGCUAUUCACGUUAUAGAAAGGCGCUGUAAGCUGGACAUAGACGCACCAAGGCUGCUGAAAAAGAUUGCAGGAGUUGAUUAUGUUUAUUUUGUCCAGAAAAACUCACUGAAUUCUCGAGAACGUACUUUGCACAUUGAGGCUCACAAUGAAACCUUUUCUAAUCGGGUCAUCAUCAAUGAGCACUGCUGCUACACCGUUCACCCUGAAAAUGAAGAUUGGACUUGUUUUGAACAGUCUGCAAGUUUAGAUAUUAAAUCUUUCUUUGGUUUUGAAAGUACAGUGGAAAAAAUUGCAAUGAAACAAUAUACCAGCAACAUUAAAAAAGGAAAAGAAAUAAUUGAAUACUAUCUUCGUCAGUUGGAAGAAGAAGGCAUAACGUUUGUGCCCCGCUGGACUCCGCCUUCCAUUGCUCCGUCCUCAGAGACCUCCUCAUUGUGCAAGAAACAGGCAGCAUCCUUGGCUCUUGUGGUUCCAGAUGCUGCCCAGGCGGAGGGGCCGGGCAGUGAGGCCCUCAGCAGCCCCAGCGCGCCACCCGAGCCCAUGGCGGGGACCCCUGAUGACAAACUAGACGCGGACUACAUCAAGAGAUACCUGGGUGACUUGACCCCACUACAGGAGAGCUGCCUGAUCCGGCUUCGCCAGUGGCUCCAGGAGACCCACAAGGGCAAAAUCCCAAAAGAUGAGCAUAUUCUUCGGUUCUUACGUGCCCGGGACUUCAAUAUCGACAAAGCCAGAGAGAUCAUGUGUCAGUCUUUGACUUGGCGAAAGCAGCACCAGGUGGACUACAUUCUCGAGACCUGGAGCCCUCCCCAGGUCCUUCAGGACUACUACGCGGGAGGCUGGCACCAUCAUGACAAAGACGGGCGGCCACUGUACGUUCUCAGGCUGGGGCAGAUGGACACCAAGGGCUUGGUGAGAGCCCUCGGGGAGGAGGCUCUGCUGCGAUAUGUUCUCUCCAUAAACGAAGAAGGGCUGAGACGGUGUGAAGAAAAUACAAAAGUCUUUGGUCGACCUAUCAGCUCGUGGACCUGCCUGGUGGACCUGGAGGGACUGAACAUGCGGCACCUGUGGAGGCCCGGCGUCAAGGCCUUGCUGCGCAUCAUCGAGGUGGUGGAGGCCAACUACCCCGAGACGCUCGGCCGCCUCCUCAUCCUCCGCGCUCCCCGUGUGUUCCCUGUGCUCUGGACGCUGGUUAGUCCAUUCAUUGAUGACAACACCAGAAGGAAAUUCCUGAUUUAUGCAGGAAACGACUACCAGGGUCCUGGAGGCCUGCUGGACUACAUCGAUAAAGAGAUCAUUCCAGAUUUCCUGAGUGGGGAGUGCAUGUGUGAAGUGCCCGAGGGCGGACUGGUCCCCAAGUCUCUGUACAGGACUGCGGAGGAGCUGGAGAACGAAGACCUCAGGCUCUGGACCGAGACCAUCUACCAAUCUGCAAGCGUCUUCAAAGGAGCCCCGCAUGAGAUCCUCAUUCAGAUUGUGGACGCCUCUUCAGUGAUCACUUGGGAUUUUGACGUGUGCAAAGGGGACAUUGUCUUCAACAUCUACCACUCCAAGAGGUCGCCCCAGCCUCCCAAAAAGGACUCCCUGGGGGCACACAGCAUUACUUCCCCAGGAGGGAACAACGUGCAGCUAAUAGACAGAGUCUGGCAGCUGGGCCGUGACUACAGCAUGGUGGAGUCACCUCUGAUCUGCAAAGAAGGGGAAAGUGUGCAGGGCUCACACGUGACAAGAUGGCCGGGCUUCUACAUCCUGCAGUGGAGAUUCCACAGCAUGCCCGCGUGCGCCGCCACCAACCUGCCCCGGGUGGACGAUGUGCUGGCCUCCCUGCAGGUGUCGUCCCACAAGUGCAAAGUGAUGUACUACACCGAAGUGAUCGGCUCCGAGGAUUUCCGAGGCUCUAUGACCAGCCUGGAGUCCAGCCACAGCGGGUUCUCCCAGCUGAGCGCCGCCACCACCUCCUCCAGCCAGUCUCAGUCCAGCUCCAUGAUUUCCAGAUGGCGAUUUUGCUGACAGCUGCCAAGAAAACGCUUCCCUCCACAGUCCACCUCAGCCCAGGGAUGUUUGUAGAACUGUUUGAGUUGCAGCCAUUCCCCCCCCCCCCAGUCCGAAGACGUGUUCGUUUUAAGUUGGCUCAGAAGUGGCACUGUCUUGUCCCCAGAGAGUUGAACGCGUCUCUCAGAGUUCAAAGCACAUCACUGCGCAGACGCCUGCAGGGUUCCUCAUGAGUGACACAGCACCUGCUUCUCCUUGGAGGGGGCCGCGGGCGCCCGGACCCGGACUCUGCCCUUUCUUCCAGUGCCCUGCACUCUCACACUCCGCCUUCCUCCUGCACUAAGGGUUCUUUUGAUUUCCCCUCUAUUACUAGUGUCUUAACUCAGUUUUCUUCCUAAAUUCAUUAUUUGCAUAUCAAAUUCUGUAAAUGUUUUGUAAACAUAUUACCUCACUCUUGGUAAUACAAUACUGAUAGUCUUUAAAAGAUUUUUUUACUGUUAUCAAUAAUAAACAUGAACUGUU